AGGCAAAAAGGUUUCCCCCGGUUCGCGCAACAAUGCAUUUUCGCAUAUAAAUCGACGUAGAGAAUAUUUGAUCUAAAAUGGGUGACACUAUCGAUGAGGCGGCCACGCCGCAGCGACGCGAUAAACCGCAAAGUUUGAGCAUUAAAGAGGAGGAGGCGUCGGCGUCGCCAUCGGCAGCAGCAAGCCCCUCCACCGCGAUUCACAUUCCCGCCUCGCGCAGUCCGCGCACCAAAAUUCGUUUAGCGGAACGCGAACAAAAGCGCGAUCACUCGGCGGAUGGACUCGGCUCGACGCUCGGUUGUCGCGAAGAGUUUGUGGGCGUCGAGGCAGCGACGCCGCGACGCGAGAGUCUCAACAGCUGCGAAGCAGGUAGCCCGGGCACGCUCUCCACCAGUCUGGGCAAGACGAGUCGACAGAGCUCGAGCAGGUACUCGUCCGGCGUUACGGGCAGCGUCAGUGGGAGCAUAUUGGGUGGCCUCAUGGGCGGCAGCGGCACCACCACCCGCAAGUGCGUCCUGACGCUGGACGGGUACUCCUACGUAAUAGUUGCCAGCACGCCGGAGAGUUUGCCCAAUAAGCGAGACGAGGCCAGUAGUGCCAGCAGCAGCGUUGGUGGUGCGGCUUCAGGUGGUGCCGUUAGUGGAGCAGCGAGCGGUGCAGCCAGUGGUGGAGCUGGAGCAGGGGCUGGGAUAACAACGCCCGGACACGAGCCAGCCGCCGGCAGUCCCACAGUCGCUGAGUUUGCUGGAAUUGGCCCAAAUGCGACAAUAAAUGGUCAAGUGGCAAGACACGGCUCAUUGACCAUUAUUCGACGCACGAAUAGUCGAAAUUUCUCGCAAAUUGACGCGUCACAGCUCACCUCGCCCUCGCAUCCGACAACGGCCGCCGGCAGCAUCAGCUUCGCCCAGGCACCGCUCAGUGAACCACUUGCAGAGCGUCUCAGGCAGCAGUCCGGCGCUAACGGUGCAGCCCGCACGGCCACUGAGCAGCAGGGCAGCGGCAGCAGCAGCAGCAGCAACAGCAACAACAGCAGCAGCGGCAGCGGCAGUCAUUUACCGUUAGUCGCAGCCGCAGUCGCAGCCAGCAGCAAAAUGCAACCCUCGUCGCCGAACGCGUCAAACUAUUUGCCCGAGAACACGCAAGUGUCGUCGGCAAAUCCGUCAACAACCGAAAUGAAUGCGGGUCGCGAUUCGUUGGAAUAUUUUACUAAUCAAUCGCUAAAUCCCACCGCCCACGCCCAAAUGUCGGGGGAUAAUGACAAUCCGCUGUCGCAGCACUCGUUCGAGACAACGUCGAAUCUAUCGUUCGGUGCGAUACAAUGGGAAACCGAAAGCCUACCGCCAGUCGAUACGCCAGAUGCACUUAACAAAGCGGCUGGGAGAAUACGCAGUCUUCUCCGCCGCAUGGAUCACGAGACCGUUGCCUAUGAGGACAUGCAGCGGAAUCUGCAUUAUGCGGCACGUGUACUCGAAGCAGUCUUCAUAGACGAAUCAAGAAGCCCCACAACAGGUAAAACAAAGUUGGGGCAGAUUGCGUCUUCAUCCGUUGAGAACGAAGACGAGUCGGCAAAGCAGCGCUGCAACGGCAACUGCAAGAAUCUCAACUGCAGCCAACACAGCCACAGCCACAGCCACAGCCGUGACCAGACAGACAGCGAGCAGCGGGAGCAGCCGCAGGAUAACAACAACUCCAACAGCAGCUGCUGCCUGGAGAAGAGAUCAGCGGAGGAGGAGGAGAAGAAGGUAGAGGCACAGGCGUCACAGGAGCCAAGCACAGCUGACAAUCAGGCGAGCAUAGAGAGCCGCACCAAAGGUGUGUCCAUGGCACCACAGACACACAGCGGGCCAACGGGUCCGCCAGCGACUGUGCCCAGUGGCAGCACCGAGGAGGUGACAAGAACAGUGCCAGCACUCGAGACGGUGACAGAAUCUGCCCUAGAAGAGCACCACUCGACGGACACGAUGACAAAGCCUGCAGCGACAGAUACAAGUGCGCCAACUCCUCCAGCAACGACGACAACUAGUGGCAGCAGCUCCACUGUAGCGGCGGUUGCCUCUGAAAGUGUUUCCAGCAGUAGCAGUUGCAGUAAUAAAGCGACCGUGCACCGACAAAGACGCCUGCGUACACCGGUCUGGGCGAGGUCAAUGUCGACGAAUAAAACGCGCCUGGCCGACGAGGAUGAUGAGUUAUCGGAGGUGCAGCCGGAUGCCGUGCCACCGGAGGUGCGCGAAUGGUUGGCCUCCACAUUCACGCGCCAGAUGGCCACCAGCCGCCGCAAGAGCGACGAGAAGCCCAAGUUCCGCUCGGUGGCACAUGCCAUACGUGCGGGCAUCUUUGUGGAUCGCAUUUAUAGACGCGUCUCCAGCUCGGCAUUGAUGCAAUUUCCACCCGAUGUGGUCAAGCUGCUUAAGAACCUGGAUGACUGGACAUUCGAUGUGUUUGCUCUGACGGAGGCAGCCAGCGGGCAGGUUGUUAAAUAUGUGGCCUACGAUCUGUUGAACCGCUACGGAGUGAUACACAAAUUCAAGAUUGCACCUGGGGUGCUGGAGGCAUUUCUGCAUCGCGUGGAGGAGGGUUAUUGUCGCUAUCGCAAUCCUUAUCACAACAAUUUGCAUGCGGUGGAUGUGAUGCAGACGAUGCAUUAUUGUUUGUGCAACACGGGAUUGAUGAACUGGCUGACGGACUUGGAGAUAUUUGCCUCGCUGCUGGCGGCGCUGCUCCACGACUACGAGCACACGGGCACCACCAACAAUUUUCACGUAAUGUCCGGCUCGGAGACGGCGCUGAUGUACAACGAUCGAGCGGUGCUGGAGAAUCAUCAUGUGAGCGCCAGCUUCCGGCUGCUGCGCGAGGAUGAGUAUAAUAUUUUGUCGCAUUUGUCGCGGGAGGAGUACCGGGAGAUGCGCACUCUGGUGAUUGACAUGGUGCUGGGCACGGACAUGACCAAUCACUUUCAGCAGAUGAAAACGAUGCGGAAUCUGUUGACGCUGCAGGAGGCAACCAUUGACAAGUCGAAGGUGUUGUCGCUGGUGCUGCACUGCUCUGACAUUUCCCACCCGGCCAAACAGUGGGGCGUCCAUCAGCGCUGGACCAUGCUGCUCCUCGAGGAGUUCUUCCGCCAGGGUGACCUCGAGAAGGAGCUGGGCCUGCCCUUCAGUCCGCUCUGCGAUCGCAAUAACACACUCGUCGCCGAGUCACAGAUUUGCUUCAUUGACUUUAUCGUGGAGCCCAGCAUGUGCGUCAUGUCCGAUAUGCUGGAGUACAUUCUGGCACCCAUUGCGCCCGUGCUCAAGACGAAGCCUUUACCUUUGCUGGAGCAAGAUGACAGCUGCCGUGUGGGUCCACGUCCCUCCGAUCGUCGCACCGAUGAAAAGUCCUCCGAAUGCAGUGCCCCGCCCAUGGCACGCAAGAGCCUCACCGGCAGCACUGCAUCCAAAUUUGUAAUACCCAAGCCAUGGCUUUUAUGUCUCGCCGAAAACAAAAAGAUCUGGAAGGAGCAGGCCGUCAAAGAGCUCUUGGAUCGGCGCCAAAAGAGCGGCGGUCAUCAAGCCUAGCAACAAACUGAAACAGAAACAGAAACAGCCUCAAGCUAAGAACAAGAAAUUGUAUUUAAAACCCAACUAAAGUGUGCAAGAAAUAAGGCAAAAUAUAGCAGAAGAAAAACAACUGC